AUGUCAGAAGUACUUCCAGUCGAUUCUGGUGUGGACGCAUUGGCAGUGUUUAUGGCAAGUGGCAGCACGACAGACGUUGCGAACCGCAACAACCCCGUCACCCCGCCGAAUACCCUUAACCUGCGCUCCUCUCAUAAUGAACUCCUGAAUGCAGAAAUGAGGCACACGGAAACCAAGAGCAGCACUCCUCCAAAAUGCAGGAAGAAAUAUGCGCUGACUAACAUUCAGACAGCUAUGGGUCUUUCCGAUCCAGCAGCGCAGCCCCUUCUGGGGAGUGGCUCUGCCAAUAUAAAGCUGGUGAAGAAUGGAGAAAACCAGCUCAGGAAAGCCGCUGAGCAGGGACAGCAGGAUCCCAACAAAAACCUCAGCACCACUGCGAGCAUAAACGUAACUUCUGAGAAGUUUGAGGGCAAAGAGCCAAUCCCACAGGAUUCCUCUGGCUGUGAAAUAUUACCCUUGCAGCCAAGGAGGACCAGGAGUUUCCUGAAUUACUAUGCGGAUCUAGAGACAUCUGCUAGAGAACUAGAGCAGAGUUUUGUUGCAAUGGAAGAUAAAUCUGCACAAAGCAACAGCCAGGCUUCUACCGUUAUUGUCAACGGGGAAGUCCUGCCCCGGAAACAAAACAAUCUGUCAAGCCCAGAGGAUGGCCAAGUUGCCACGGUGUCAUCAAGCCCUGAGACUAAGAAAGACCACCCAAAAACUGGGGCCAAAACAGAUUGCGCCCUCCAUAGGAUUCAAAACCUGGCCCCAAGUGAUGAGGACUCCAGCUGGACUACACUGUCCCAGGACAGCGCAUCACCGAGCUCUGCUGAUGAAACAGCAGAUAUAUGGAGUGAUCAUUCAUUUCAGACAGACCCAGACUUACCGCCUGGCUGGAAAAAAAUCAAUGACAUUGCUGGGAUCUACUACUGGCACAUACCAACAGGAACAACUCAAUGGCAGCGUCCUGUGUCCAUGCCAGCAGAUCUCCAAGGCUCACGAAAAGGAUCACUUGGUUCCAUUACUCCAUCUCCUACUCCAGAAACUGAGAAACAGCCAUGGAGUGAUUUUGCUGUACUGAAUGGGGGAAAGAUUAAUAGUGACAUUUGGAAGGAUCUGCAUGCAGCCACUGUGAACCCAGACCCAAGUCUGAAAGAGUUUGAAGGAGCAACGUUACGCUAUGCAUCUUUGAAGCUCAGAAAUGGUCCACAAUCUGAUGAUGAUGACUCUUGUAGUAUCAACAGUGAUCCAGAAGCCAAGUGCUUUGCUGUGCGAUCUCUGGGCUGGGUGGAAAUGGCAGAAGAAGAUCUGGCUCCUGGAAAAAGCAGUGUUGCUGUGAACAACUGCAUCAGACAACUCUCUUACUGUAAAAAUGACAUCAGAGACACUGUCGGCAUUUGGGGAGAGGGCAAAGACAUGUAUCUUAUACUGGAAAAUGACAUGCUGAACCUGAUUGACCCCAUGGACCGCACAGUUCUUCAUUCACAGCCCAUUGUGAGCAUCCGAGUCUGGGGUGUGGGUCGUGACAAUGGCCGGUGA